GGGCCUCGCGUACGGUCCAGUUACUUGUUCAGGCCCUUUCUUCCUUUCUCCUCCUCGCUGACGGCAAGCGAAUCCGGUAGGCGGCUAUGGCGACGGCGGCGGCGGCGGCGUUCGGCUGCUCCUCGGCGGCGGCGCUGCCGCCCUUCUCGGCUCUCCCGGGAAGCCUAUGCUCGCGCCAGUCGCGACCCCCUCCCCGCGUGUCCCUCAUCGCCUCCUCGAAGCUCGGGGCGACGGCGCUCGGGUUGAGAGUUUCGUGCCGUAGAAGGAAGCUAGUUGUCUCUGCUUGCUCCUCCAGUGAGUCCAGUUCGGACGCGGCGGCGUCCCGGACGGAAGCCACUGUUGAUAUAAAGCUUCCAAGAAGAAGCUUGCUUGUCCAAUUUACAUGUAAGGCAUGUGGUGAAAGGACCCAGCGGUUAAUAAACAGAGUAGCCUAUGAAAGAGGAACAGUUUUUCUUCAGUGUGCAGGGUGCCAGGUGUACCACAAGUUUGUGGACAAUCUUGGUCUAGUUGUUGAAUACGAUCUGCGAGAAGAAAAUGUGCUACAAGAAGACAAUGUGGUGAACACAUAUUCUGAAGAUUGAUAAUAUCUUGAGAAGCCAUGUCGGGUACGUGUCGUGGUCACUGAUGGAGUGGUAGUUGGAGGCCAGGAUUCUGAAUGACUCGGGGCAGCAGUACCCCAUGUGGAUGUGCAUGUCCAUCCUGCCUGGGCGAAGAAGCGCUGGAUCAAGUCGCUCCUUGUAGUUUGUUGUGAAGAUAAUGAUUCUCUCCUCCCCACUUGUUGACCAGAGGCCAUCAACGAAGUUGAGGAGCCCAGAUAGUGUCACCUGUUUCGCAAAAGUGAAGUGCCCAAAGCCACAUCAGCACUGCAAAAAGGAAGCUAUGGAGCCAAGAAAGGGAGUGUAUGAUUCCAAGUUUCUUA